GGGCUGAGCAGACUGGGCAUGAUUAAAGGGUGGACAGCACAUGCACAGCCACAAUAAUCUGCUUCAUCUCCAGACUGACAUCUAUCCUGACACAGAUCUGAAGGAUGUCUCCCGUUUCAGUCUCCACCAACAGGGUCGUUCCUGGACCUCAGGAGCCGGAGGAGAAGACCUACCAUCCCUCCGUCAGCCUGUUCGCUGAUGCACAUGUGCCAGACUUUGAUGCAUAUCUUGCCUUAUACAAAAAGUCUACAGAAGAGCCUGAAGAGUUCUGGGCUGAUGUUGCUCAAGAGUUUUACUGGAAGAAGCCUCCGCCAGGCCCGAUGCUGCAGUAUAACUUUGACGUUAAUAGGGGGGACAUUUACAUCAAGUUCAUGGAGGGAGCAAAGACCAACAUCUGCUACAACGUCCUUGACCGAAAUGUGCAUGAGAGGAACCUGGGAGAGAAAGUGGCUUACUACUGGGAGGGAAACUCACCCGAUCGUCACCAGACCAUCACCUACAAGCAGCUGUUGAGAAACGUAUGCCGAUGUGCCAAUGCGCUGAAGCUGUUGGGUGUGAAGAAGGGAGACAAAGUGGCCAUCUACUUACCCAUGAUUCCAGAGCUGGUGUACACGAUGCUGGCCUGUGUGAGAAUCGGGGCUGUUCACUCGAUAGUGUUCGCAGGGUUCUCGUCCGAGGCUCUUUGCGAGAGGAUCAUGGACGCUAAGUGCAACAUCCUGGUAACAGCAGAUGGUGUUGACAGAGGUGACAAGCUGAUCAAUCUGAAGAAGAUUGCGUCUGAAGCUCUGGAGCACUGUAAGGAGAGCAUGUCCUCGUGUGUUCAGAAGUGUGUGGUGGUCAAACAUCACGCCUUUUUAUCGAACGCCAACGCUUCCAACGAACUACAGACCCCGUGGGAUGAAUCGUGUGAUAUUUGGUGGGACGAUCUGAUGGACGGUGUGUCAGACGAGUGUGAACCGGAGUGGAUGGACUCUGAAGACCCUCUCUUCAUACUCUACACCAGCGGCUCGACCGGAAAACCCAAGGGGGUGGUUCACACCGUCACUGGCUAUAUGCUCUAUACAUCACUGACCUUCAAAUACGUUUUCGAUUAUCACCAUGACGACGUUUACUGGUGCACUGCAGACAUUGGCUGGAUAACAGGCCACUCCUACAUCACGUACGGGCCGCUAGCCAACGGCGCCACCAGCGUGCUGUUUGAAGGGGUGCCGGUGUAUCCUCAUGUGGGCAGACUGUGGGAGAUCAUUGAGAAGUACGGAGUCUCUAAGUUCUACACCGCACCCACUGCUAUAAGACUGCUGAUGAAGUACGGGACAGAACCACUGCAGCGGUAUGAUCUGUCCAGUUUGCGUGUGUUGGGUACGGUCGGUGAACCCAUAAACCCGGAGGCCUGGCUUUGGUAUUAUGAUGCUGUGGGUCAACAGCGCUGUCCGGUCAUCGACACCUUCUGGCAAACAGAGACGGGAGGCCAUGUUUUGACUCCACUUCCCGCCGCUACACCGCUGAAGCCCGGAUCCGCCACGUUCCCGUUUUUCGGAGUCCAGCCUGCCGUUCUCAACGAACACGGUGAAGAACUAGAAGGAGAGGCCGAGGGAUACCUGGUCUUCCGGAAGCCCUGGCCGGGGAUCAUGAGGGGCGUGUACGGGAAUCAGGAGCGCUUUGAGAGCACCUACUUCAGAAAAUUCCCAGGAUUCUAUGUGACAGGAGAUGGUUGCAGGCGGGACAAGGACGGAUAUUACUGGAUCACCGGCCGGAUCGAUGACAUGUUGAACGUCUCUGGUCAUUUGUUGAGCACAGCCGAGGUGGAGGCGGCUCUGAACGAGCACCCGUGGGUGGCUGAAGCGGCGGUGGUCAGUCGGCCUCAUGCAGUGAAGGGAGAGUGUCUGUACUGCUUCGUCACUCUGAAAGACCGCAAAGAGUUCAACCGCACGCUGACGGAGGAGCUGAAAAGGAAAGUGAGAGAGAAGAUCGGACCGAUCGCCACCCCGGAUUUCAUCCAGAACGCUCCGGGGCUUCCCAAAACGCGCUCAGGAAAGAUCAUGCGAAGAGUUCUGCGGCAAAUCGCCCGCAAUGAAAGAGACCUGGGCGACCUUUCGACCCUGACCGACCCCAAGGUCGUGGAGGUGCUGUUCAGCCAGAGAUGCGAGGCAGCAGCAUGAAUCCCUCUCAUUCUCUGGAACAGACUUUCUGCUACACUCUGGUUCUCACGUCUGACGGGGUUUAACUCCUCUCAUGAUUCAGGUAAAAAAAAAAAAUCACUGAAUGAAGUGCGUCACAAAACCUCGCCUCGGGACGCUAAACUUCCGCUUCAGUACAGUCAGAUUUUCUUUAUUCUGUCUGGGUUCUUUAUGUUUUUCCGUGAAAUGCGAAAAUGUAUGAAUCCACGAUUGCCGUUUCUCUCUAAACUGUUCCACGUCGCAACAGGAAAAUAAAAUCACUUCAUUAUUCGGCUUCACAAAAGAUAGCAACGUUAGGAAGCUUCACCUUUGAAUGCUGCCGGCUUGCAGACGGUUUUAUUUGAUGUGAAACAGCCGUUUUUACAUGGUCGUCUUGUCCUGGAUGAAUACGCUUUUACAAAAAAACAGUUGUUAAUGCUACUUUGACCGAAAUGAGUAGUUUAACAGUAAUAAUUGCACUUUUCUGUUUUUAAAUUAAGCAUAUUUCAGUUGCAUUUGCAUUCAUUAAAAGCCAAAAUAUUGUUGGAAUGUGUACAUUUUAAAAACUAAAAUGUUUAUGACUAUUAAUAUUUUUAAUGUGAAACUGCUUUGAGCUAUUUUUCCCUGAAGUUUUCAUUACUCAUUUUAUUUUUUAUAUAUAUAUAUAUAUAUAUAUAUAUAUAUAUAU